AUCUGGUGACUGUGAAGCAUAUGAUUUACAUCUCAAACUCUUCAGUGAGUCUUCACGCCCUGUGGAAAUAGGCGGAGUCAUCCUGGAAGAGACCACGCCCAUCAUGAUAGAACGUUUCAUCUUAGAGUAAACGUCACCAGUCAGAAGAACUUGUAAGUAUCUGUAGUGUCUCUUCCUGCUGAGGGGACUAGCGUGUGCAUCUAAUGUCCCUAUCUUUUCAAAAUAUGGAAUAAGAGUUGAUCAUGAAAUUUAUCCGCUGAGAUUUGGAGUCGAUUUUGUUUAGUUUUGCGCGUAUUCGUGAGAAACUAAGAGUUUGAGUUGUUGGUAUAGAUGAAAAAGAUUACAAAAGCUAAUUUGCUUCAGUUCUUGGGAUUAUAUAGGAAGCACAUUUAGUCGCAUUACAGCAUAAAUAAAUAAAUAAAUAAAUAAACAAACAAACAUUUUCGACGCUCCUGAACCCAUAUGCAUCCGUUUGGCAUAAUCAAGUCCUGCGCGUAAAACGCGCUCAGUUUCCGGUGAUUAUGAGCAAGUUGUUUGAAAGGCACAGUGUGUUGCAGAGCUCGUUAGCUGAAAUCACUCUAAUUGGCCUCGAGAGGACGCGGUGCUCCAGUCCAAGUGAAUGCAGACAGUCAGCUGGGGAGGGCACCUGUCAAUCACACACCGCCUUUAUAAGCGCGCGCGCCCCGAGUCUCCAAGAACAAAACGCACGAGUCCGAGGGAGUAUAAGGCAGACGUGAUAGAAAGUUAUUUACAGGCGACUUUUUCCUGCAGAAUGGACAAACUACAGGACGGGAAUGUCAGCGCGCCUAACGGCACCUUGAACAGACGCUCGUUUCUGGAGAAAGGCGCGUAUCAGCACCUGCAGCAGGGCGACCUGAAGGUGCUGGUGCCGGUAGGGCUGGGCGUCAUCUCUGUGCUCGGCUUCAUUGCAAACGCCACCGCGGUGGGAGUGCUGGUGGGCAACGCGCGCAAAAGCAAGCUCUCUCUGAUCAACGCGCUCAUCCUCAACCUCCUGCUGGCUGACGGGCUGCUGCUGGCUUUCGCCGUGCCGUUUAAAGCCACGGCGUACUCCCGCGAAGGCUGGACUCUGGGCUUAGUCGUGUGCAAAACGUGCGACUGGUUCGUGCAUUCCUGCAUGGCGGCGAAGAGCCUCACGGUGGCCAUCAUGGCGAAUGCAUGCUACAGGUAUGUGAGCAACCCGACCAAGCAAGUCACGAUUCGCCUCAAGACCAUCGUGGUGGUUCUCCUCUUCACGUGGCUGUUGGCCUGCGUCCUCCCUCUGCCGCACUGGCUCUUCAUGUCGCUGCAGAAGGAAGACGGUGCAGAAGGACUGCUGUGCGUGUUCGAGGUGCCACCAGAAGCACGCAAGUUUAUGUCCUUUUACGUGAAGGCGUACCCUCUGGUGGCCUUUUGCGCACCGCUUAGCCUCGCGCUGCUUUACUUCUGGCGCGCGUACGGCCGAUCCCAACGCCGCUGCAGCAAGACGCAGAACCUGCGAGCACAGAUCCGGACGCGCAAGCUCACCCUGAUGCUGUUCGGCCUGACCGUGGCUAUGGCCACCAUGUGGCUGCCUCAGUGGGUAGUGUGGGUGUGGAUGAGACACGCAGAAGACAGCGACGGCCCAGUGCCUCCUGUGCUCUUCGCUGUGGCCGCACAGUGCGUCAUGUUUGCCAUCUCGCUAGCCAACCCGCUCAUAGUGCUCGCGCUGUCCGAGGAGUUCCGCGAGGGCUACAAGGGCCUGUGGCGGCGUCUCACGCUGCGCAAACACGCUCCCAAGCAGCAACCGAAACCCGGGCCGCACGCGCCCACUGCGCCCAGGUCACCCACCCCGCGACCCGAGGCUUUCGCACACCUUCCUCCGAGGAUUACCGACGAGUCCCGACCCGACAAGCAGCAGGAGCAGAGGCAGGAUCAGCAGCAGCAGCAGGAGGAGGAAAGUUCCGGUAACGGCAAUAAAGAUGGCAUGGUGCUGCCUGAUGUGGAGCAGUUCUGGCACGAGCGCGAGAGUGGCUCCAUGUCUCACGAGAACGACCCCAUACCCUGGGAGCAUCAGGACCCCAAAGAGGGCAAGCAGUAGCUUUUAAACACUACCCAAGAAGCAACACACACACAGCCAACUCUCACAAUCACAACAGGAGGCUCAGCAGCUACAACCAAGUGACCUCACGCGAACUUGACAUACAGGCCAAAUCACAGAAUUGGACAUACAGAGCACUAUAUAGGGUGAAAUCAGUAUUUCAUACCUUAUACAAUGCAUUUAUGUACACGCUAAAGAUGAAGGUUCCACCA